UACGUGCAGGCAAAGGGCGUGGAAAAGUAAUGUUUACGUCCGGCCCGUAGAGAAGUGGGACAGGGUUCAUAGCGCACCUGUCACAGUCAGAUCUGGACCACAUUGGAAUCAAAUGAGCCACUGCAAGACAGCGUCCAAGAAGACCACCGCAAGAGUCGCCAUGCUGAGAAGGGUCCGGAAUGGCAGAGCACGCCUGGCCUGGGCUGAGACCCAGAGAGAGGUAGAUACCAUGGCCCUGAUCCAGACAUGGGACAGAGCAGAGGAAGAGCAACACGGAGCAACACAGAUUGGUGAGCUGCCCGUCGUUGGUCACCUGGAACCUGUCCCUGAGGUGCUAGCUCUGCCCAGUACAGUCCCAGUGACAGGGGAGUCUUUCUGCCAGUGUCAGCAGCAUGACGAGACCACUCUGGGGGCCAUUCUCAGUGGGUUCAACCUCAUCAGUGACUGCCGGUGUGGAGAGGAGGAUCAAGAUUUUGACUGGGUCUGGGAUGAAAAGUGCAAUGCCGCCGGAGCAUUCUUGAGUUGUGAGAACAGGAAAGUGACUUUUCACUCAGACUACAGCUGUGGGACAGCUGCCAUUAGGGGAAACAAGGAGCUCACAGAGGGACAGUACUUCUGGGAGGUGAAGAUGACCUCACCUGUCUAUGGAACAGAUAUGAUGGUGGGAAUUGGAACAUUGGAAGUGAACUUGGAGAAGUUUAAAUACAGCUUUGGAAGCUUCUUGGGUCAUGAUGAAGACAGCUGGGGUCUCUCCUACACAGGUCUGUUCCAGCACAAAGGGAACAAAGUCAGGUUCUCCUCUCGGUUUGGUCAAGGGUCCAUAAUUGGAGUUCAUCUGGACACGUGGCAUGGUACUCUGACCUUCUACAAGAAUCGCCACUGCAUAGGUGUUGCUGCCACUAAGUUACCAAAUAAGAAGUUCUACCCCAUGGCGUGUUCCACUGCAGCCAAGAGCAGUAUGAAGGUGAUCCGUGCCUGCUACACACCAACCUCGCUGCAGUACCUGUGCUGUGUUCAGCUCCGCCACAUGUCCCCCCAGUGCCCAGAUGUGCUGAGUGCUCUGGACGUGCCACCUGGUCUGCACAGCUUCCUCAGGGCACAGAUGGGCUGGGUGUUCUCCCUGAACAACAGCACUCAAAAUAAUGACACUUUAGAGCCCAGUGUGGAGUUAUCUGACAUUUAUUAUGAAGACAUGAGUCUGCCUUCCAGUACGAGCAUCAGUCCAAUCCCCAGCCCAGUGCCCAGUCUGAGUGCAUGUGUCUCCCUCAGCCCCUGUUCCAGCCUGUUUGACCCUAUCCCGCACCAGUGUCCCUGUGAGACAGUCCACACUCACUCAUGUACCUGCCUCUGCCCCCCCACCCCACCCAGCAGCGACUACGACAGCUGCUGCUCUGAGCCGGAGGAUUAUCAGAGGAAAAGGUGCCGCUGGACAUGACCACAGUAUUUACUCUAUUUGUUUAAAAUCUCUACCUUUGCCAUUGAUGUCUACUGAUGUCUGAAGUCAGAAAGAGAAACAUGCAUGUGUAGCUUAUACAACUAAUUAAGUUGUAAACUGAUGAACAACUCAUUUUGAAAUGAUUAAUGAAUUCUUAAGAAUGAAUGUAGUAGGCAAAAUAUUUGAUACCAAAAUGUGUUAAAAUAACUUAUAACUUGCACUUUAAUCAUUAGGAACCAUGUUCCUAUAGUUUUUGUCUUUGAAAGUUUUAAAUGCCAUUACAGACAACUGGAAGUAUAACAAGUCUGCAUGCUACUCAGGAACAGGACACUGGGGAAAUAACUUUUCAUACUCUGUUUUGUAAACAGAAAUUUUGUUUUAACAGUAAUGUUUUGUUUACCUUUUUUACUUAAUGUUCUUAAAUUAAAAGAAUACAUUUUACCACUUA